AUGGCAUCGAUUACCAAUUAUCAACACAAGAAAUUCAGUGUGAAAACUGAGGAAUAUCAGCACAAGAAAUUUGAUUCGACUAAAAGAAAACUCAAUGAAAUUGAAAAGGAAGAAUUGACCAUAACAGCCGAUUUUAUAUUGCAACAAGCCCAGAAGGAGAAAAAUACCGAUUUGCCACAAAUCAAAAGAAAACAAACGAAAGCUCUAUUUCGUCCAUGGGAAGAUAAGGAAGGAAGUAAUAUCAACAACGUCACCAAGAGGCCACACAGUUGUCCACCAACUGAAGUUGCACCCCAGGAAUCCAACUCGAAACGCAGACGCAACACUGGGAGUGCUUUAAUGCGACGUCGCCAGCAACUGAAGCAGCAACAGGCCGAACAAUGGCUAAGGCAACAACAAUAUAUUGCCUAUCACCAGCAACAACAGCAAUACAAUGCCGCUGUAAUGGAACAAACGAUGAGGAAUUCCGUUUAUUUGGCAUAUUUACAACAAUUGGCACAACAACAAAGACAGCAACAACAAUUAUUUGUUUUCGGUCUGCAACAUUAG